CCCCGGGCCCCGCCCCCCGCCGUCCAUCCCGCCAUGGCGUCCGCCGGCGGCCCGGACGCGGAGCGGCCGCACCCCAAGCCCUUCCUCAUCGGCGUCAGCGGCGGCACCGCCAGCGGCAAGUCCACAGUGUGCGAGAAGAUCAUGGAGCUGCUGGGGCAGAACGAGGUGGAGCAGCGGCAGCGCAAGGUGCUGAUCCUCAGCCAGGACAGCUUCUACAAGGUGCUGACGGCCGAGCAGCAGGCCAAGGCGCUCAAGGGACAGUACAACUUCGACCACCCGGAUGCCUUCGAUAACGAUUUGAUGCAUUCAACCCUGAAAAAUAUUGUUGAGGGCAAAACGGUUGAGGUACCGACGUACGACUUCGUGACACAUUCGAGGCUGGCAGAGACCACGGUGGUGUAUCCUGCUGAUGUCGUGCUCUUUGAGGGGAUCCUGGUUUUCUACAACCAGGACAUUCGGGACAUGUUCCACCUGCGUCUGUUUGUGGACACGGACUCUGACGUGCGGCUGUCCCGCAGAGUUCUGCGAGAUAUGAAGCGUGGGAGGGACCUGGAGCAGAUCCUCACCCAGUACACCACGUUUGUCAAGCCUGCCUUUGAGGAGUUCUGCUUGCCGACAAAGAAGUAUGCGGAUGUGAUCAUCCCUCGAGGAGUUGACAACAUGGUUGCCAUAAACCUCAUCGUGCAGCACAUCCAGGACAUCCUGAACGGAGACAUCUGCAAGUGGCAGCGGGGGGCGCUGAACGGGCACGGCCGCACCUACAAGCGGCCGUUCCCGGAGCAGGCGGAGGGCGGGGUCCUGGCGGCCGGCAAGCGCUCCCACCUCGAGUCCAGCAGCCGCCCGCACUAACCCCGCGCGGCCCCGGGCCGCGCUGAAGGCAACUCUGGGAAAGGACUUGCACAGAAUGGUUGGUGAAGUGCCCCUUAAGCUGUCCUAGCAGCAGAGGGGAUCCUGGUGGCAAUCUUCUCACAGAGGGGAGAGGAAGGGGUUGGCCAUCCAUCCCUCUUCCCUCCAAAGCUCUCCCUGCUCUCCCUGAGAUGUCUGGAGUUGUUACUUGAUGAACUGGUUAAAGGCAGUGCUACUUGCCUUUUUUUAAUUUUCAAAAUGACAUCUAAUGCUGGAGAUU